GAGGAAUUGUUGAAAUUUUUGAAAGAAGCUCCUGACGAAAAAUUUCUCAUGAUGAAGGUUGUUGUUGCAUUUGGAGUGGCGGGAGCCUGCAGGAGUGAAGAGAUGCACGAAAUGCAGAUAACGAGUAUCCGAGAAGAAGGAAAUGUCCUAGUUGUUACACUUCCGCAUACGAAAACUCACCAGAAGCGUGUAUUUACGGUUUUGUCCGAAGGCUGUGUAAAUGGAAUGCGCAAUGGAAAAUGUACAGUACAGCGAGUAGGCAUCAUUAGUUUCUAUCGCAUGCCUGGAGUGAUUGCCGAAUACCUGAAACUUGAAAACCCGGAACAAUACAUGGAUCAUUCUCUAAGAGGAUCUUCAGCAACUAUUUUGGCGGACUAG